GUUUCUAUCGUAAGGUUACUAGUAUUUAGCCACCUCUUAUAAUAGAACAAACGUGGAGUCUAUAAAGCGAAAAUUUCGCUCGUAAGUUAGGUGUAUAGAGCAAUUCUUGUCCCGUAUCACCCUAUAUUCCUAUAAUACUUUAGACUGUCGUUUGUUAUUCGUUUCGAGGUAAGAAUAAAAACUUCAUCCUAUAAAUACACAAUCGCCUAACCCUACCUACAUAGCAUCGCACCUAGCAAGAAGAGACAAUUAGUGCCUGGGUGAGUACCUACCAGAACCAAGAUCUCUCGAACGAGCUGGGAACUCCACAUUGGCUAACCCCUUUAGAGCUUUCCCCAACGUCAACGAUGUGCGACUACGAUGAAUUCCGGUUUGAAUGCAACCACUCUGUGUGUCGUUUGAAGUCAUAUUGUCACUUCGCACGUAAUGACCCUAAUCAUGAGUGUCUUGGAGUCAAAAAGCUCAGGGACUCUUGGCUUCAGACUGGACAACUUUGCGAGAAAUGUACCGAAAAGGGGUUCCGCUUGGUUAACGGGAAGAUAUGGUCCCCGCACCGAGUGCAAUGAACUGCUCGCAGGAUAUAAUGUGCAAUGAGUCUGGACAUCGACCAUUAAUUCAAGGGCACGGUUUCCUCAUAGCUCGAGCAAAGGACGUAGUGGGUUAGCAAGCCUUGUGCGUUGCUUACCAACUAGUAAGAUCCUGGUGGUGUGUUUCGAAGAGGGGGGAGGGACAAGUAUGCAAAGAUAGUUGUCUGUAAGACGAGUCCAUCAAGUCGAGAACUUGCCUAUGUAUUUUUGGCUCACACCGUCAUUCGGGAUCAUCAUCAAACGGUACGACUUUUAGAUGAAGUAUAAAAAAGGCUUAGGUUAAACCUUAGGGUGUAUUAUCUGGAAACUCAUAAUUUUUAUCGCGUUCGUAGAAUAUAUUAUCACUCUCUGCAAUCGUCGCCAUUUGUCCUAAUGGUAGAGGUUAGAUGAUAUAACGAUCAUUCUUCUGAAAGCGGA